UCUUUUUCUUUUUUUCAUAUUGACGAUCAGCUUUCAAUCAUGGAUAAUUCAUCAGGAUUUACAAGAGCAUUGCUACAGAUGAUAGCAUCUGAUAUGCCAAUGAUUUUGUCGUUAAUCUUUGGUGGUUGUUGUAGCAACGUCUUUGCCUUGGAAGUUCUUGUCACUGACGCACCAAGGAGCGGUCAGUUAAUCACUUUUGGACAAUUCCUGUUUGUUGCAGUAGAGGGAUUACGACACCAACUCACCUGGGGAACAUACGGACCGAGACUAAAGAAGACAGUUGUUCCCUUGACACACUGGUUGUUCCUAGUCACAUUGUUUUUUAUUGUAUCCUUGUUGAACAAUAUUGCCUUGGGAUACAAUAUAUCAGUGCCUUUGCAUAUUAUUUUUAGAAGCGGUGGACUGAUUGUAAAUAUGAUUUUAGGAACUCUUAUCUUGGGCAAAAGAUACUCUGUAGGCCAAAUCACAGGUGUUAUCUUUGUCACCGCGGGUGUUAUCUGGGCCACUUUAGAUAACGCAUCAUCAAGUGCCGAGAGCAAGACAGGAAAUACAACAGAAUUCAUCACAGGCAUUAUGCUUCUUGUUAUUGCCAUGGUGUUAUCGGCCGGAAUGGGAUUAUUCCAAGAAGUGACAUACAAAAAAUAUGGCAAGCAAUGGCGAGAAGGUUUAUUCUACACUCACUUUCUUGCCCUGCCUUUCUUUCUUAUAUUUUCAAAAGAUCUGCUUGGUCAAGUACAAGAGUAUAACAAGUCACCUUUGAUGCCUCUCUCUGUUAUUUUGGAAGAAGUACCUGUUCUUGGAUCCAUUGCUACAUAUAUCCCUGAUAUAAUCAAGACAGUUUUGCACACCAUUGAAAUCCGUAAACUAUGGGCUUAUCUCAUCUUGAACAUGGUGACCCAAUAUGCAUGUAUUGCUGGUGUAAAUCGAAUGACAUCCGUGGCUACUUCACUCACACUAAACCUUGUUCUCAACCUACGAAAAUUUACCUCCUUGAUCAUUUCUAUCAUCUACUUUGACAACCAUUUUGGGUUUGGUGCUCAAAUGGGAACUGCAAUGGUAGUUCUUGGAACAUUAAUCUAUACGCGUGCUGGACUUAAAUCAAGCCAAAAGACAAACAAUACUAAUGCAUCAGCAUCAGCAAAAGCAAAAUAGACUCUCUACUGUCUCUGCAUUCUUCUUAUAUAUCAAUAAACAAAUUGAAUCAAUCUUUAUAAUUGACUUUAAUAGACAUCAAUCCGUGUCCUCCUAUUUUACCCUUUUUUCGCAGACAGUUAAAGGGAAGUCUUUUGGGAUAGAUUUGCUUUUGAAGAGCUGCAUUAAAAAGCGAUUUCAACAUCAGCAAAGAAAAUGACAC